AAUACCUCAAUCUACCCAUGCCAAUGUAUAUUGAAAAUGUAUAUUUUAAACCCAAUAUUUAGACAAAUUGCGAGGAAAAUCUCGUUUACAUUUCAUGUCUCAUUUAGUAUAAAAAAAGGCCCAAAAUGGCAAAGCAUUUUAGUACCAGUGUUACAUUGCAGUGGAGCAGACAGGAGUCUACGUGGAAGCUGCUGUACCUGUGGGCGACGGUACUGACGGUGCUGCAGGUGGUACAUCACUGCUGGUGGUGGUGGAAGGAAGAUGUACACUCUAGCCAGCCUCCUGCUGGUGACCUCACUCUUAUCCGGCCAUCACCAUCCUCCUGCAGCGAGUGUGUGCGUCACGCACUGCGUCAUCCGCUGAUCUGGCACGACAAGCGUUUAAUAAGUCACCUGCGAGACACUACAGAGGUGGCACCGCGGGCACUUGGGCAUGACCUUGAUCCUCACCACCCGCCCUGGGCACACAUACCUUCAUACAACGUCACAGAAGAAAACAUCAGGAAUAUUCUUCAGAGACAGGUGUUUGAGGGUGGAGUGUUCGUGGAGGUUGGUGCUCAGGAUGGAGUGUGGCUGAGCAACACUUGGUGGCUGGAGGCAGCUCGGGGGUGGAGGGGGCUGUUAGUGGAGGCUGAUCCACUUAACUAUCAUCACCUACGUAACUCACCCAGAACCUCACCCACACUACCUGUCUGUGUCACCACCGGCCUAACACCCACACAGGAGAAGUUUGUACGGACACGAUCCCCAAGUAAAGUGACCGAGGAAGUCUAUCGUAACCAGCUGGGACACUCCAAACUACUCAAGUACGCUACUACUACAGAAGUGUUGUUUGGUGAGACGUGGACCACCACAUGCUACCCUCUCUUCUCCGUGCUCACUGCCAGUAGGUACAGGCAGGUUGACCUACUCAUCCUGGACGUUUAUGGUGGAGGUAUGGAGAUGACCCUAAACUUCAUCACUCGCAAUAAUCAACUUAAAAACAAGUUCCACGUGCAGAUAUUAAAUAAGCGUAUGUUUAUAUGGGAGAAGUUGAUACAAGAGCCAUUACUUACGCUGGUCAGGUGCAAAACUUGUCCAAAGUUGUCAAAAGUAAACAAAGAAACCAAGAAAAGAAAGAAAAAUAUAGAGACCUCUUUGGGGUACUCCAGGCGAGCCCCUGAAGGAAUAAAAGUUGAAACACAGGUGGCGCUGAAUGUGUACAGUGAAAUUAUCACACUCAAGAACAGGGAAAAGAAAAAACAGGCUGGAACCUCCCAGGAGGUCAAGUUCCUGGAUGUAGUGUUGAGCUGCCAAGGUUUAGAGAGUUAUGCAGCAUUAGGUAGAUGUGGCACUAUCAAUGCUUCAUCAGCAGUGUCUUGA